CAAGUUUACUCAAUCCUCUAACAGUUUGUGUUUUUAAACGUGCGUCACAUUUUACUGCUCCGCUUUUAUUUCACUUUAUCGAGUUUUAAAGAGCAGAAAAACGCCCCCGGACUGAGAGCUGAGACCAGGAAACAUCUCAACUCGCGUCCAUGAUGAGUGACUCUGUGAAGGAGCCGCCUCCAGGGGGCAGCACUGAUCCAGGGAACAGACCAGAAGUUUUGUCCUUAAAGAGUGACCGCUCCAUGGAUCCUCCUCUAGAGUUUAAAGAACCAGGACCAGAGACUGAACACCACCUGUCCUUAAAGAGUGACCACUCCAAGAGUCAACCUCCAGACUUUAAUGAACCAGGACCAGAGUCUGAAGAGGAGAGCGCAGAGGGCCCCAGAGGAGACUCUGAACUGGACUCUGUUUUCCAGCGUCUGGAGAAGCAGGUCGUGGCUUUUGUCCAACAGCAGCUGCAGAGGCUCCACAGGCUCCUGGCCUCAGAUUACCCAGAAUGCUCUGAGAGUGAGGGGGAGGAGCCGAGCAGAGAGGCGUUCCUUAACAUCGUCCUGGACUUCCUGAAGAGGAUGGACCAGGAGCAUCUGGCCCAGCGUCUUUGGACCAGUCAGUUUCCUAAGGUUCAGAGAGAAGUGAAGAGUGUCCUGGUCCAGAAGUUCAGCCGUGUGUGUGAGGGCAUCGCCAAAGAAGGAAACUCAUCUGAACUGAAGCAGAUCUACACAGAGCUGUACAUCACAGAGGGAGAGUCCACAGAGCAACAUGAGGCCAGACACAUCGAGACCACAGCCAGAAAACCAGCCACUGCAGAGACCGUCAUCAAGUGUGAAGACCUGUUUAAACUCCCCACACACAGACCAAUCAGAGGAGAGCUGACCAGACACGAGCCAAUGACCACAGAGACACAGCGACCAAUCAGAACGGUGCUGACGAAGGGCGUGGCCGGCGUGGGGAAAACAGUGCUGACUCAGAAGUUCAGUCUGGACUGGGCUGAAGGCCGGGCCCACCAGGACCUCCAUCUGCUGUUCCCGUUCACUUUCAGAGAGCUCAAUUUGCUCAGAGACUCACAGUUCAGUCUGGUGGAGCUGCUGCACCACUUCUUCUGUCCAUCCAAACGUCUCCACAGCCUCCAACAGCUCCAGGUGCUCUUCAUCUUUGACGGUCUGGACGAGUGCAGACUUCCUCUGGACUUCAGCCGAACCCGGAUCCUGACCGACCCCACAGAGUCCACCUCAGUGCACGUGCUGCUGGUGAACCUCAUCAGGGGAAACCUGCUUCCCUCCGCUCACCUCUGGAUAACCACGCGCCCCGCCGCGGCCAAUCAGAUCCCUGCUGAGUGCGUCUCCAUGGUGACAGAGGUGAGAGGGUUCGCUGACCCGCAGAAGGAGCAGUACUUCAGGAAGAGGUUCAGAGACGAACACCAGGCCACAUCCAUCAUCUCCCACAUCAAGAGCAUCAGCAGCCUCCACAUCAUGUGCAGCAUCCCGGUCUUCUGCUGGAUCCUCUCCACAGUUCUACAGAAGCUUCUGGAACAAACAGAGGAACCAGAGCUGCCCCAGACUCUCACACAGAUGUACGUCCACUUCCUGGUGGUGCAGGCCAAAGUCAAGAACAUCAAGUAUCACCAGGGAUCAGGGCCAGACCUUCACUGGACUCCAGAGACCAGGGAGAUGGUGGAGUCUCUGGGAAAAGUGGCCUUUGAGCAGCUGCAGAAAGGAAACCUGAUCUUCUACGAGAGUGACCUGAGCGAGUGUGGGCUGGACGCUGCAGCGGCCUCAGUGUACUCCGGAGUGUUCACACAGGUCUUUAGAGAGGAGCCAGGUCUGUACCAGGACAAGGUCUACUGCUUCAUCCAUCUGAGUCUGCAGGAGUUUCUGGCUGCUCUUCACGUCCAUCAGACCUUCUUCAGCUCUAGAAAGAACCUGCUGAAGAUACCACACUCCUCUGAGAGUCCUGCGUCUGAGGCAGCCUUCUACCGCUCUGCUGUGGACCAGGCCUUACAGAGUCCAAACGGACACCUGGACCUGUUCCUGCGCUUCCUCCUGGGGCUGUCUCUGCCGACCAAUCAGAAGCUUCUGCAGGGUCUGCUGACUCAUACAGGAAGUGAACGGACCAAUCAGGAGACAGUAAAGUACAUCAAACAGAAGCUGNUUGCAAAGUGUUUGGGUUUAACUGAUCCUGACUCAACAGAAACUAAACCCAGAACACAUCGAGACCACAGCCAGAAAACCAGCCACUGCAGAGUCAUCAAGUGUGAAGACCUGUUUAAACUCCCCACACACAGACCAAUCAGAGGAGAGCUGACCAGACACGAGCCAAUGACCACAGAGACACAGCGACCAAUCAGAACGGUGCUGACGAAGGGCGUGGCCGGCGUGGGGAAAACAGUGCUGACUCAGAAGUUCAGUCUGGACUGGGCUGAAGGCCGGGCCCACCAGGACCUCCAUCUGCUGUUCCCGUUCACUUUCAGAGAGCUCAAUUUGCUCAGAGACUCACAGUUCAGUCUGGUGGAGCUGCUGCACCACUUCUUCUGUCCAUCCAAACGUCUCCACAGCCUCCAACAGCUCCAGGUGCUCUUCAUCUUUGAUGGUCUGGACGAGUGCAGACUUCCUCUGGACUUCAGCCGAACCCGGAUCCUGACCGACCCCACAGAGUCCACCUCAGUGCACGUGCUGCUGGUGAACCUCAUCAGGGGGAGGCUGCUUCCCUCCGCUCUCCUCUGGAUAACCACGCGCCCCGCCGCGGCCAAUCAGAUCCCUGCUAAGUGCGUCUCCAUGGUGACAGAGGUGCAAGGGUUCGCUGACCCGCAGAAGGAGCAGUACUUCAGGAAGAGGUUCAGAGACGAACACCAGGCCACAUCCAUCAUCUCCCACAUCAAGAGCAUCAGCAGCCUCCACAUCAUGUGCAGCAUCCCGGUCUUCUGCUGGAUCCUCUCCACAGUUCUACAGAAGCUUCUGGAACAAACAAAGAGACCAGAGCUGCCCCAGACUCUCACACAGAUGUAUGUCCACUUCCUGGUGGUGCAGGCCAAAGUCAAGAACAUCAAGUAUCACCAGGGAUCAGGGCCAGACCUUCACUGGACUCCAGAGACCAGGGAGAUGGUGAAGUCUCUGGGAAAAGUGGCCUUUGAGCAGCUGCAGAAAGGAAACCUGAUCUUCUACGAGAGUGACCUGAGCGAGUGUGGGCUGGACGCUGCAGCGGCCUCAGUGUACUCCGGAGUGUUCACACAGGUCUUUAGAGAGGAGCCAGGUCUGUACCAGGACAAGGUCUACUGCUUCAUCCAUCUGAGUCUGCAGGAGUUUCUGGCUGCUCUUCACGUCCAUCAGACCUUCUUCAGCUCUGGAAAGAACCUGCUGAAUCCAACACAGUCCCCUUGGAUAUUUAAGUCUAUAGCCUUCUACCGCUCUGCUGUGGACCAGGCCUUACAGAGUCCAAACGGACACCUGGACCUGUUCCUGCGCUUCCUCCUGGGGCUGUCUCUGCCGACCAAUCAGAAGCUUCUGCAGGGUCUGCUGACUCAUACAGGAAGUGAACGGACCAAUCAGGAGACAGUAAAGUACAUCAAACAGAAGCUGAAUGAAGAGGGUGUGUCUGCAGAGAGAAGCCUGAACCUGUUCCACUGUCUGAACGAGCUGAACGACCACAGUCUGGUGGAGGAGAUCCAAAAGAACUUGAGAGAAGGACGUCUGAAGGCAGAUGAACUGUCUCCUGCUCAGUGGUCUGCUCUGUCCUUCCUCUUACUGUCCUCAGACUCAGACCUGGAGGAGUUUGACCUGAGGAAAUACUGUCCCUCAGAGAAGGCUCUGCUGAAUCUGCUGCCGGUCGUCAAGGCCUCCACCAAAUCCAUUCUGUCCUGCUGUAACCUGACGGAGCUCAGCUGUGGUCCUCUGGCCUCAGUCCUCAGCUCCUCCAGUCUCACACAUCUGGAUCUCAGUCACAACGACCUCCAGGACUCAGGAGUGAAGCUGCUGUGUGAUGGACUGAAGAGCGCCCCCUGCAGACUGGAGACGCUCAGAUUGAGGUCCUGUGGCCUGUCCUCUCUCAGCUGUGGUCCUCUGGCCUCAGUCCUCAGCUCCUCCAGUCUCACACAUCUGGAUCUCACUGACAACGACCUCCAGGACUCAGGAGUGAAGCUGCUGUGUGAUGGACUGAAGAGCGCCCCCUGCAGACUGGAGACACUCAGUCUGUCUGGAUGUCUGGUCUCAGAGAGGGGCGGGGCUGCUCUGGCCUCAGCUCUGAGCUCCGCCUCCUCCCACCUGAGAGAGUUAGACCUGAGCUACAACCAUCCAGGAUCCUCAGCAGAUCUCCUGACCGCUCUACAGGACCAGCGCCCCCUGCUGACUGUCAGGUUGGAUCCUUGUGGAAAGCGCUGGAUGGUUCCAGGUCUCAGUAAAUAUUAUUGUGAACUCACCCUGGAUCCAAACACGGCACACAGAAACCUCACAGUGUCUGAGGACAAACGGACUGUGAGAUUCUCUGCGUCUUUGUUUUCUCCUCCUGGAUCAUGAGGACAGAUUCACAGACUGGUGUCAGGUCCUGAGCUCCUCCGGCCUCAGGGGGCGCUGUUACUGGGAGGUGGAGUACUGGGGGAAUGUUGAUGUAGCAGUGAGUUACAGAAGAAGAGGAAAAAGGUGCAGAGUUUGGAUUCAAUGAUCAGUCCUGGACCAUGAGGAUAGAGCAAGGAAAAUACUCUUUUUUACACAAUGAGACAAAACUGCCUUUUUUGUUUCCAUCUUUGUUAGAAGUAGCUCGUCAAACAGUUCGUGAUCUUUUACCCUUCCUCUCCAGAGUGGGCGUGUUCUUGGACACUGAGGCUGGAGUUCUGUCCUUCUUUAAGGUCUCUGGUGAAAGACUGUUCCACCUCCACACCUUCAGAGCCUCCUUCACUGAGCCUCUGUUUUUGGGGUUUGGACUGAGGGGGAAGAACAGUUCUGUGUCUCUGUUGAACAUGAGGAGGUCACAGCGCCCCCUGGAGGACGCCUCUUCUCUGUGAGCUGA